AUGCGCGGCUGCUCUUGUCAUUUUCUGUUCUGUGAUCUGUCGAUCUUCAUUGAUUCGUCGGCGGAUGUUCUUCGUCUUCGUCUUCACUCUUCAGCACAUCAGAGCGUAGUUCCAGUCUUCCUCUUCCACACUCCAUCUUCGCCUUCUUCAGCUCAGUGGCCCCGGCGGCAGACUUCAACUAGGAUCUUGGAGGGAAUGAUUUCCUUAGGUCCAUGGGGAGGUCCAGGUGGUGACCAUUGGAGUUUCAAGGCGAACAAUGGUGGAAUAACUGAGAUAGUCAUCCCUGACCAAUCCCAGUCAACAGUAGCCAGUCUCCUCCUUCUCUCUUCUCGGCGCACGACAGUUGAUAGUCCACUUGAGCUCUCGGCCUCUCGCCCCUCGGCUCUCCAGUCUCCUCCUUCUCCUCCUCUCUUCUCGACUGUGUUCUGUGUUCACAAGUCAAGCCACAAAGCCGGCACCCCUCAAUCUCAUGCACCCACAAAAAGCUCAAGUCCUUCGUCUUCUUCACUCUUCACUCUUCAGCACAUGAGAGCCGACGGUAAUUCCAGUCUUCCUCUUCCGCACUCCAUCUUCGUCUUCUUUUGCUCAGUAGACCCGGCGGCAGACUCCAGCUGUUGCCUUGGCACCGAUUCAAUUUUAUAUUGUGCAUCCCAGUUGGCUUCCAUUCUGGAAUCCUUGGAAGGAAUGAUUUCUUUAGGUCCAUGGGGAGGUCCAGGUGGUGAGCAUUGGAGUUUCAAGGCAAACAAUGGUGGGAUAACUGAGAUAGUCAUCCAUGAGCAAGUCAAUAUUAAGUCCAUUUCUUUCAGAGAUGCUCAUGGUCAUAUUUCUGCGACAUUUGGAGGCAGGAACACCAAUGAUAGGGGUGAAGAGAAAAAGAUUCCAAUUCGUUGGCCUUCAGAGUAUUUGAAAUCUAUAAGUGGAACUUAUGGAGAUUACGAUGGGUUUUUAGUAGUAAGUUUAUCAUUCAUCACAAAUCUCACCACUUAUGGACCUUUUGGAUCAACUUCUGAUGGCAAGCCUUUCUCUAUCCCUAUAGCAGAUAGUGUUGUUGUUGGCUUCCAUGGGAGAGCUCGUGAUUACCUUGAUGCACUUGGUAUUUUUGUGAACCCAGUACAUUCACAUGGAAGCAUUUCAUUUGGGCCAUGGGGGGGUCCAGGUGGAGAUGCUUUUAGUUUUAGGGUGAGAAGUUGGAUAAAAGUGAUAAUUGUUCAUAAAGAACCAAAUAUCAAGUCCAUCGCUUUCAAAGACGCUAACGGGCACUACUAUGGAAAAUUUGGUGGCAACAAUCCAAAUGCAAUUGGUGACAAAAAAAAUGUUGAACUUGAUGGGCAUUCAGAGCAUCUGAUAUCCAUAAGUGGGACAUUUGGAGAUUAUCAUGGACUCAAAGUGAUCACAUCACUGUCAUUCAUAACCAAUCUUACCACACAUGGACCUUUCGGAACUACUUCAGACACUUCUUUCUCCAUACCAAUUCAAGGUUCUCAUGUCAUCGGAUUUCAUGGAAGUUCAGGCUACUACCACGACUCAAUCGGCAUCUAUGUGAAACCAAGGAACAUAAUAGAAGGAAGUAUUUCAAUAGGUCCCUGGGGAGGCCGAGGUGGAAGUCCAUGGAGUUAUACAACAAAUGAAGGGAUAAAGCAGAUAAUCAUCCACGUAGGGUUAAACAUCAAAUCCAUAUCUUUCCGGGACACAAGUGGCAUUACUUCAGCAACAUUUGGUGGCUGCAAUCCCAAUGACACUGGUGAAAGGCAAAUUGUUCAUAUUAACUAGCCUUCAGAGCAUCUAAUAUCCGUAAGUGGGACGCAUGGAAAUUUUGCCAGUUUAUUAACGAUCACAUCUCUAUUAUUUGCUACAAACAUGGCUACGUACGGACCUUUCGGAACCAAUUCAGGAACUUCUUUCUCGAUCCCUAUAAACAAUAAUACGGUGCUUGGAUUCCAUGGAAGGGCUGGUCACUACCUCGACGCAAUUGGCAUCUUCGUUAAACCAGAAACCACAAUUUAA